CUAGUUUCUGAUGCGAUGGAGAUAGAGUCAGCGAGCUGCAGUAAGAAAGGUAGCGCCGCCGGAGAUAUCCGUGGUACUGAUGGCGGUGCCGCUGCUCGUGAUCAGGAUUUGGUCAGGGGCGUUUACUUGGUCUGGCGGGAUCUGACGGUGGUGCUGCCGAACUUCGGUAAUAAACCUACCAAACGGUUGCUUCAAGGGCUUAGUGGAUUUGCUGAACCUGGAAGAAUCAUGGCGAUUAUGGGCCCUUCGGGUUCCGGGAAAUCCACACUCCUUGACUCUCUGGCAGACAGACUCGCCAGAAAUGUGGUAAUGACUGGAAACAUCCUUUUAAAUGGAAAGAAGAGACUGCAGUAUGGUGGUGUUGCUUAUGUGACACAGGAGGAUGUGAUGUUGGAAACUCUAACCGUAAGAGAAACUCUAACCUACUCUGCUCAUUUAAGGCUUCCCAGUAACUUGACCAAAGAUGAAUUAAAAGACAUUGUGGAGGGAACAAUCAUGGAGAUGGGUCUUCAAGAAUGUGGUGACACAGUGAUUGGGAAUUGGCAUCUAAGAGGAAUAAGUGGUGGGGAGAAGAAGAGGCUCAGCAUUGCACUUGAAAUCCUCACGAUGCCCAAAAUGUUAUUCCUCGAUGAACCUACUACUGGCCUCGACAGUGCCUCUGCUUUCUUUGUUGUUCAAUCUCUCCGAAACAUAGCUCGUGAUGGCAGGACAGUCGUCUCCUCGAUCCACCAGCCCAGUAGUGAAGUUUUUGCAUUGUUUGAUGACCUUUUCUUGUUAUCUGGAGGCGAAACUGUUUACUUUGGAGAGGCAAAAAUGGCUGUCCAGUUCUUUGCUGAAGCUGGUUUUCCAUGCCCAAGUAGAAGAAACCCUUCGGAUCACUUCCUCCGAUGUAUAAAUUCGGACUUCGAUGCCGUAACAGCCACGCUGAAAUGUUCUCUAAAACUUCGUGAUAAACCUUCAAGCUCAGAUCCUUUCACGAGCAUGGCAACAGCACAAAUCAAGGCCGCCCUGGUCGAAAAGUACCGGCACUCGAAAUACGCGAAAAUGGCAAAAGCUAGGAUUCAAGAAAUAUCAAAAAUUGAAGGACUUGAGGUAGAAGCAAUCAGUGGAAGUCAAGCAACAUGGUUGAAGCAACUUACAACGUUGACAAAACGAUCAUUUCUCAACAUGUGUAGAGAUGCUGGGUAUUACUGGGCAAGGAUUGUGAUAUAUAUACUUGUAUCCAUCUGUGUCGGAACCGUCUUCUACGAUGUCGGAUACGGAAAUACCGCAAUUCUUGCCCGUGUAGCCUGUGGCGCAUUCAUCACAGGUUUUAUGACCUUCAUGUCGAUCGGAGGCUUUCCUUCCUUCAUCGAAGAAAUGAAGGUUUUUAAUAAAGAAAGGCUGAAUGGAUAUUAUGGAGUUGCAGCUUAUACACUCUCCAAUUUCUUCUCCUCAUUCCCAUUUCUGGUUGCUAUUGCACUCAUCACAGGAACAAUAACAUUUUACAUGGUGAAGUUUCGAUCCGGAUUUUCGCAUUAUGUGUUCUUCUGCCUCAAUAUCUUCUUCAGCAUCACUGUGAUUGAGAGCCUCAUGAUGGUGGUAGCUUCAUUGGUUCCCAAUUACCUAAUGGGAAUCAUCACCGGGGCCGGAAUUAUCGGGAUUCUAAUGAUGACAUCGGGCUUCUUCAGAUUGCUGCCUGAUCUUCCUAAGAUAUUCUGGCGUUACCCCAUUUCAUACAUCAGUUUUAGUUCAUGGGCACUUCAGGGUGCCUACAAGAAUGAUUUCAUCGGCCUCGAAUUCGAUCCGCUACUACCGGGUGAUCAGAAACUAACCGGAGAUCAAAUCAUAAAGCAGUACUUCGGGGUGACGAUAGAUCGGUCCAAGUGGUGGGAUUUAACUGCAGUGGUGGUCAUACUCAUAUGCUACCGCCUUGUCUUCUUCAUAAUUCUGAAGACGAAAGAAAAGGUUUCGCCAUUUUUUCAAGAAAUUUAUGCCAAGAAGACAAUUGAGCAUCUUGAUAAAAGGCCCUCCUUCAGGAAGAUACCAUCGUUGUCUUCUUCCAAACGUCACCAGCCUCUCCACUCUCUUUCUUCUCAAGAGGGUCUUAACUCUCCAUUACACUAAAUUCUUUCUUUUUUUAAUAACCAAAGGCAUUGAUAAUAUGCCACUGCUAUAUGUUACAUGUGAUUGUUGAUUAUUGUGUUGAAUAUCUGAUGUUUGU